AUGAACCAACCUGGUCUUGAGGCAAACAAGUGGAGUUUAGCUACAUUAACGGAUGUUGAAGAAGUGAAAAUGGUGCUCAGAAUGUUGCCAAUUUGGGCAACCACUGUCAUAUUUUGGACUGUCUAUGCCCAAAUGACAACGUUUUCAGUUUCUCAGGCUACUACUAUGGAUCGUCACAUUGGCAAAUUUCAAAUCCCACCCGCAUCACUCACAGUUUUCUUCGUCGCUGCCAUUCUCUUGACUGUCCCAGUUUAUGACAAGCUCAUUGCUCCAAUUGCAAAAAAGGUGUUAAACAAUCCACAAGGUUUAACCCCUUUGCAAAGGAUCGGGGUUGGUUUAGUUUUAUCCAUAAUAGCCAUGAUCGCGGCAGCACUGACGGAAAUAAAGCGAUUAAGAACCGCAAGCUCACGUGGUCUUACAAACAACCCGAUGGCUAAAAUCCCAUUAAGCGUCUUCUGGUUGGUCCCUCAGUUUUUGUUAGUGGGGGCUGGGGAGGCCUUCACAUAUAUAGGGCAGCUUGACUUUUUCUUAAGGGAGUGCCCCAAAGGGAUGAAAGCGAUGAGUACAGGUUUAUUUUUGAGUACCCUUUCAUUAGGAUUCUUCGUUAGUUCUUUGUUGGUGACCGUAGUUCACAAGGUCACCGGUAACAAUAAACCAUGGCUGCCAAACAAUCUGAACCAAGGGAGGCUCUAUAAUUUCUAUUGGCUUUUGACAAUUUUGAGUUGCUUCAACUUGGGAAUUUACUUGGUUUUUGCUAAAUGGUAUAUGUACAAAGACAAGAGGCUUGCAGAUGAAGGGAUUGAAUUGGAAGAAGCCGAACCUACCUUCCAUUAG